AUGCCUCGUAGUCCAACGUCAAGCGAAGAUGAAAUGGCACAAAGCUUUUCCGACUAUUCUGUUGAAUCUGAAACAGAUAGCUCCAAAGAAGAAACUAUUUAUGACACAAUUAGAGCAACUGCAGAAAAGCCAAGCAGCAGAAUGGACGACAGUCAGAGCAACACCUUAGUGAUUCGAAUUAUAAUACCUGACCUGCAGCAAACGAAAUGCAUUAGAUUUAACCCAGAAGCCUCCGUGUGGGUUGCAAAGCAACGGAUUUUGUGCACUUUAAAUCAGAGUUUGAAAGAUGUCCUGAAUUAUGGACUAUUCCAGCCCGCGAGCAACGGUAGAGAUGGGAAGUUUUUGGAUGAGGAGCGACUUCUUAGGGAAUACCCACAGCCAGUGAGCAAAGGAGUUCCUUCGCUUGAGUUUCGAUACAAGAAAAGAGUGUACAAACAGUUCAACCUUGAUGAGAAGCAGCUGGCCAAGCUUCAUACGAAGGCUAAUUUGAGAAAAUUUAUGGAUCAUGUCCACCACGUCUCAGUGGAAAAAAUCACAAAGAUGUUGGACCGAGGACUGGACCCCAACUAUCAUGACCUAGAGAGUGGAGAAACUCCCCUAACUUUGGCAGUUCAGCUUGACAAUACAGUAGAAGUGAUAAAAGCUCUGAAAAAUGGAGGAGCCCAUUUGGACUUCCGAGCCAAAGAUGGAAUGACAGCUCUGCACAAAGCAGCCAGAGCCAAGAACCAAGUAACCCUCAAGACCCUUUUAGAGCUUGGAGCAUCUCCUAACUACAAAGACAGCUGUGGCCUGACCCCACUGUACCACACGGCUGUUGUGGGGGGAGAUCCCUACUGCUGUGAGCUGCUGCUGCAUGAGCACGCCACCGUCAGCUGCAAGGAUGAAAACGGAUGGCAAGAAAUUCAUCAGGCUUUGCGAUACGGACACGUCCAACAUCUCGAGCACCUCCUGUUCUACGGCGCCGAUAUGUGCGCGCAGAACGCCUCAGGAAACACGGCGCUGCACAUCUGUGCUCUCUACAACCAGGAGAGCUGUGCAAGAGUGCUGCUGUUCCGGGGAGCCAACAAGGAGAUUAAGAAUUACAACAGCCAGUCUCCAUUUCAG